AGAUCGCGACCCUGGGAGAGGAGUGGGGGCCGCGUGGUCAUGUGGCUGGGCGGCCGCGCAUGGCUCAGGGUUCUCGGACAUCGGCGCUGCGACCUUCGGCGCCCUAGCUUUACCAGGACUUGGAGUGGCUAUAAGGGCCCAAUGGCAGAAACACUGUCUACCCAGGUUGGGACAGCGGGCGGGCUGAGGGCUCCGCAUCAGCAAAACGGUGAUGCCGGUGGCGACGCGAGGGUUGAGCCGUCCCUCGGGCCCCCGAAGCCGGCUGGCCGGGAAGUGGAGCCGGCCCCAGUAGGCGAGGAGCAUCCCUCGGCUGCAGCCCCGGGCCCGGGCAAACAUAAGAAGCGGCGGGGCGCAACCAGGGAGCGUGUCGUGCCGCCCCCGAAGAAGCGGCGGACCGGGGUGAGCUUUGGAGAUGAGCACUUUGCAGAAACCAGUUAUUACUUAGAGGGCGGCCUGCGUAAGGUGCGGCCCUAUUACUUUGACUUCCGGACCUACUGCAAAGGUCGCUGGGUGGGCCACAGCUUGCUGCACGUCUUCAGUACCGAGUUCCGAGCUCAGCCCCUGGCCUACUAUGAGGCCGCGAUCCGGGCGGGCCGCCUGCACCUCAACGAGAAGCCGGUGCAGGACCUCAACAUCGUGCUCAAGGACAAUGAUUUCUUGCGGAACACAGUGCACAGGCAUGAGCCACCAGUCACAGCAGAGCCCAUUCGCCUGCUAGCCGAGAACGAAGAUGUGGUGGUUGUAGACAAGCCUUCCUCCAUUCCCGUUCACCCCUGUGGCCGCUUCCGACACAACACAGUUAUCUUCAUCCUAGGCAAGGAGCACCAACUCAAGGAGCUACACCCCUUGCAUCGGCUUGACCGCCUUACCUCAGGGGUGCUUAUGUUUGCCAAGACAGCUGCAGUCUCUGAGAGGAUUCAUGAGCAGGUUCGGGACCGGCAGCUGGAGAAGGAGUACGUGUGCCGGGUGGAAGGGGAGUUCCCCACUGAGGAAGUGACCUGUAAAGAACCCAUCUUAGUGGUGUCUUACAAAGUAGGGGUGUGCCGUGUAGAUCCCCGGGGCAAGCCCUGUGAGACAGUGUUCCAGAGGCUAAGCUACAAUGGCCAGUCCAGUGUGGUACGGUGCCGGCCACUCACAGGCCGCACACAUCAGAUUCGAGUCCACCUUCAGUUCUUGGGCCAUCCCAUUCUCAACGACCCCAUCUACAACUCAGUUGCCUGGGGUCCUUCCCGAGGCCGAGGCGGCUAUAUUCCCAAGACAAAUGAGGAGUUGCUACGGGACCUAGUAGCAGAGCACCAGGCCAAACAGAGCCUGGAUGUACUAGAUCUCUGUGAGGGUGACCUGUCCCCAGGACUCACAGACCCUACGGCCCCCUCCUCAGAGUUGGGCAAGGACAACCUGGAAGAGUUGGCUGCAGCUGCCCAGAAGAUGGAGGAAGUAGCUGAGGCAGCCCCUCAGGAGUUGGACACAAUAGCCUUGGCACCAGAGAAGGCAGUUGAAACAGAUGUCAUGAAUCAAGAGACAGACCCACUCUGUGCAGAGUGCCGGCUGGUGCGACAGGAUCCCUUGCCCCAAGACCUUGUGAUGUUCCUACAUGCCCUACGCUAUAAAGGGCCAGGCUUUGAGUACUUUUCACCAAUGCCUGCCUGGGCACAGGAUGACUGGCAAAAAGACUGAAGGGUGUGGCCAAUAGAGGGAUUGCUUCUUGGGUUGUGACAAGGAUGGGCUAUAGGGCAAGGGCUGACCCCAUGGGCUAGUACUUGGGGUUUCUAUAGGAGUGAGGUCGGGCUUAUAAAGAGACCUGCUCAUACUUGCUACCUCCUUCCAGUAGGAAUUUGGAGACUUUUUGGUUUGUAAAUAUAUCCCUUUUUCUAACA